GAUGCACUUUGUAUGAGAAUAAAGUGUAUUUAAGUUCUGAAAUGCCCCCACAACCUCAAACUCUUGACGAAGUUGAUAUACUACUUCCAUUUCAAUAUACUUUAAAGGGAGAAUUGUUUCUUAUUAGAGAUUUACAAGUUGGACUAGAAGAGCUCUAUAUGCAGUUGUUUCAAGAUCUAAACGACUUUGCAGCAGAAAAUGAAUUUAUAUUAAAACUGUUAAAAAUUAUCACUGAUUUUAAGAUUGCAACCAUUAAUGCAUCUUGUAAUGCAUUUCUAUUCAAAGCUGGCAUCCCAAGAACACAGAACAAGAUUGAAGCAUGGCAUCAAUGUUGGGAUUCUUUAGUUGAUCAUGCAUAUGUUGAAAUCUACACAAUAAUUAAAGAAUUUUAG